AUGACCGACGAGCUCCGCGGGACCGGUUCGCUCUGGUUCGACGAGGACGACAACAACAGCAACAACGCCGACAGCCCCUCGGAGGGAGAGGCGUCCUCCUCGGCCGAGCACACCGCGCAGGAGGACCUCCCCUCCGAGGCAUCGGCCUCCGAGAGCGAGGACGAGCAGCCAGCCGCGCGCCGACCCCGGGCAGCCAUGACCAAGGUGAUCGCCCGGCCGUCGGCCGUUGAGCGCCGCCUGGCCGGGGCCCUGUUCGGCCUGGACAGCGACGACGACGACCCGGACGCCGAGCAGGAUGCCCACGACUACUUGCCACCGCCACCACUCCUGGCCCAUCUCACCUCCGGCCUUGCUCUGUACCUGCGUGUACGCUCGCCUCCCGCGCGGCUCCCCGGAGCACAGGUUGAUGGUCGCGAGAAUUCCCAGCUGUUCAACAUCCACCUGCAGGACUUCCCGAUUCAUCGGGCCCAGUUCACCGGCCAGCACUCGGACGACCUGAUGGUCACCUCCCGGCGGCCGUUCUACUUCUCCCUGGACCUGGCGUCCGGCAAGCAGACCCGCAUCGCCGGCAUCAUGGGCAUCAAGGAGAAGACCUUCGAGCUGUUCGAGGCCAGCCCGAGCGGGCAAUUUGUGGCCAUCGUCGGCAGCACCACGCGCCAGGUGCACCUGGUGGCCGGCAAGUCCAAGCUCCUGAUCAAAACCCUGCACCACAACCGGCCGGGCGACAACACCGCCGGGCACAUCGGCAUCGAUGCGGCCAACACCUCGCCGGUGCUCUUUACCCUGACGGACCGCGGCCAGGUGUACCGCUGGGAUCUGACGACGCUCACCUGCACCGGGCAAUUCACCGACCAGGGCACCCUCAUGGCGUCGCAGAUCACCACCUCCCCGUGUGGCCGCAUUGUGGCGGUCAGCUCCCACGAGGGUAUCGUCAACCUGUAUGACUGUGGCCGCGCGCCGAGCCUGACCCUGGACAUGUCGGUUCGCCCGGUGAAGACUUUCACCAACCUGACCACCACGAUCGACUGCUUGGAAUUCAACGCCGAUGCCUCGCUGCUGGUGUUCGGCAGCUCGGUCAAGAAGGCCCAGCUGCGCGUGGUGAACAUGGCCACGCAGACCGUCUACGACAAUUGGCCGCGCAAUGAGAAGGCCCUUCCCCUGAGUCGCCUGUCGGCGGUCAACUUCAGCCCCAAUGGCGGGGACAUGGGCAUCGCCGAUGACAAGGGCCGGGCGCUGCUCUACCGUCUGGGCCACUCGGCCGAGUACUAA